GUGUGUGUGUGUGUGUGUGUGUGUGUGUGUCGCUUCGCUCAGCGCGGGCGGACGAGUCGCCUGGGAGUCGGUCACGCGCACACAGGAAAGACAGACGCGCCGCGGCGGUCGGAACUUGAAAUAUGACGAGAGGCGAAAUGGGAGGAAAGUCGUCGCCUUCUUGCUGAAGUUGGAGGUUUUCUUCUCCUUGUGGAAGAGGAAGAGGCGGCGGCGGCGGCGGCCACCACGAGUUCGCUCUCACAAUUUAAAAAAAAAGAAAGAAAGAAGAGAGCAGGAAACAAAACAAACUGGAGUGAGCCCACCCUUACAACAUACCUCCUCCCCUUCAUUGGGCUAAGAUGAGUAUUACCAGUGACGAAGUGAACUUCCUGGUCUACAGAUACCUCCAAGAAUCAGGUUUUUCCCACUCAGCAUUCACCUUUGGCAUCGAGAGCCACAUUAGCCAGUCCAACAUCAAUGGAACACUAGUGCCCCCUGCUGCCCUCAUCUCCAUCCUGCAGAAAGGGCUCCAGUAUGUGGAGGCAGAGAUCAGCAUCAAUGAGGAUGGCACAGUCUUCGACGGGCGGCCGAUCGAGUCGCUGUCGCUCAUCGAUGCGGUGAUGCCGGACGUGCUGCAGACACGGCAGCAGGCCCUCCGCGACAAGUUAGCCCAGCAGCAGGCGGCCGGUGGCAUGGCGGCUUCAACCUCCGGACACCUGUCUAUUGCACCAAAGAACGGAGAAGCCACUGUCAACGGAGAGGAGAACGGCACUCACAACAUGAAUAACCACAGCGAGCCCAUGGAGAUGGAUCUGGAUGUUGCGAUACCGGCCACAGUGCUCCGAGGUCACGAGUCCGAAGUGUUUAUCUGUGCCUGGAACCCCGUCAGCGAUCUGCUGGCCUCAGGCUCGGGAGACUCCACCGCCAGGAUCUGGAACCUCAACGAGAACAACAACUCCAACUCCACCCAGCUGGUGCUGCGCCACUGUAUCCGAGAAGGGGGCCAGGAUGUCCCCAGCAACAAAGACGUCACCUCACUAGACUGGAAUAGCGACGGGACUCUGCUGGCAACCGGCUCCUACGAUGGAUUCGCCAGGAUAUGGACAAAGGAUGGAAACCUGGCAAGCACCUUGGGGCAGCACAAAGGGCCCAUAUUUGCACUCAAGUGGAACAAGAAGGGGAACUCUAUUCUCAGUGCUGGCGUGGAUAAGACGACAAUCAUUUGGGAUGCGCACACAGGCGAGGCCAAGCAGCAGUUCCCUUUCCACUCAGCUCCAGCUCUGGAUGUGGACUGGCAGAACAACAGCACCUUUGCCUCCUGCAGCACCGACAUGUGCAUCCACGUGUGUCGACUUGGCAGCGACCGGCCCCUCAAGACCUUCCAGGGCCACACGAAUGAAGUUAACGCCAUUAAGUGGGAUCCGUCGGGUACGCUGCUCGCCUCCUGCUCCGACGACAUGACGCUAAAGAUCUGGAGUAUGAAGCAAGAGUCGUGUGUUCACGACCUCCAGGCUCACAGUAAAGAGAUCUACACCAUCAAGUGGAGUCCGACAGGCCCCGGCACCAACAACCCCAACUCCAACAUCAUGCUCGCCAGUGCCUCUUUCGACUCGACAGUGCGACUGUGGGACGUCGAGGGAGGCGUUUGUAUCCACACACUGACCAAGCACCAGGAGCCCGUGUACAGCGUGGCCUUCAGCCCCGACGGCAAACACCUGGCCAGCGGCUCCUUCGACAAGUGCGUCCACAUCUGGAACACCACGACUGGAGCCUUGGUGCAGAGCUACAGGGGCACUGGUGGUAUUUUCGAGGUUUGCUGGAACAGCACCGGGGACAAAGUUGGAGCCAGUGCAUCAGAUGGCUCGGUAUGUGUCCUCGAUCUCCGAAAAUAGCCGACUUGAGACUUUGAUGAAUCCUGGAACGUGCAGCGGAUUGCCUUCUUCUGACAUCAGCAAAAGCACACUCUUGCUGCUCGAGAAGAGCUGUUCGGGGGGACGGAAACAAAAAACCUUCACGGGAGCUAAACCACACGACUGCAGCAGCUUCUGAGGAGCCAACACCAACCGAAGUCAGCGCACCUUACGGCCGGUCGACGUGUGUUUUAUGACAAUGGAAGCGGGUGAAGAGAUCCCCAAGACUGGACUGACUCCAAAUCCCAUGGGCGCAUGCGCAUUUUUUUAAAAAGGUUUCUAAGUUGUUAUCGGGUUGGAAACACAAAGAUGAGUUUUACAGGGAGAAGAGGAGAGUUAACGAGACGCGUGUUUGGCUGUGAAAGGCAACAAAUUAUGAAAGCGAGGUUGUGGUUUUUAAGAAUUCCUUUUGUGCAAAUGUUACGUCGCGUGGAGACGUGAUGAAAGUGACAUCAAUACUGAAGCACUGGUGUUGUCUGUCGACAGGGUGCUUAACUGCUCCUCAGUGGAGGAAUAGUUUAUUUCAGGAGUACUUUGUGCAUUUUUUUUUUUUGUCGUCGUUAUUUUUGGGUCUAUUUUCCACAGAUGGGACUUUUGAAAGUCUAAAAUCGAAUGUGCCGCUACCAGCUGGUUUCUUAGCUCACGUUUUAACAUCAGGUCAACAACAGGAAGGAACCCGCCAAGAAAGAGUCUUAAUCUCCGAGAACGACCUGCUCACUUCAGUCGAGAUUAGAAAAUGUCACUUUGUGGACGAAGACGUGAAAAGUUGUGGUUUACAAAGAGAAUUUUCUCCCUUUCUGGAUGUAAAUUUAAAGAAUGUAAAGAUAUGUAAAUUAGAUUAAUACACAGACUUAUAUACAGUGUAUAUAUGUUUAUAUACAGUACUCUUUAUCGCCAUCCUGUAGGGGCUCAUUAGUGGCUAGAGCUGUCACUUCUUUUACUGCUAAUGAGUGACAAGACCUCUUUUAAAAAAAAAACACAAAAAAAAAACGAAGUGCAUGUCUCAUCGGCUUCUUUUAGAACCGUCUUUCUCGACUCGACCAAUCAUAUCCAGUACAAGUUUUUUUUCUUUUCUUUGCUCCAGUCACAAAUGGCGCUGAGACACAGGUGCGUUGAGUAACUUUGGUUUCCUGUAAGCCACUGGAGAAAUGUGCAUCAUAUUUACCUGCAAAUUCAUGAUCCUCUGAUCUAUCUACUGAAAAUUCAGAGCACAUCGUGACCAGAAGGUGGCAGUCAAGCAAAAUUCACAGAAAAUAAAAGCUAUGAUUGGGUCUUGUUCAGUCCCACUGAAUGCUGCCUACUGAUUCCAAUUUGAAAAGCCUGUGUUGGGCAGUGAGCUUCCCUUCCUCUGCAUACUGGGAUCUAAUCAUGUCAUCACUUUGUUUUUUCCUGGUCCCUUUCUCCCAUUCAGUCUACUUCAGCCAGAACAACGUGAAGUGCACUUUUUUUUGUAUUGGUGAGUUCAGCAAAUGUUCAGAUUUUGCUAAAAGCAAAGGGCCGAUUUCAUAAAUGUCCCCCCUUUUUUUAAAGUCACAAUUGGAGGUUGAAGGGCGGUUGUUUUUCUGUUUGUUUCAUUCAUUUGCUGAGAGCCAUUAUUGUCUGUGUCAGACUGAGAAUCGGGCUGUGGGCUGGUGGCCUUUCUGGGGGCGCUGAAGGAGCCCAGUACGGAAUAAGUGCUGUGACGGCUACUGUUUCUCUCGACACCCUGGUCCGGGGUGCACUCACCUGUUUUCGAGGACAAAACUUUGAAGUCAUUCUGUGUCGCAAAUAAAUCACUCUAUUUUGAUAUCAGAAA